GGUUUAUAUUCAUCCAACUAAGAAAAUUUUAAAUUUGUUUGUCAAUUUCCUAAAACACUUUACAGAUUACGAAAUACUCGCAACUAUUCCUUCCCCAAUUCAACCAAAUCAGUGAAUAGACAUGGAGCCUGACUCUAUUCAAAAUUCCCUCUCCGUCCUGACAAAUCCAAUCAUUCUCUCAAACAUUUUUCUCCAUUUGGACACCCAUUGCGUCAAGUCGUUCCGAACAGUGUCCUCCACUUGGUACAGCAUAUCAUCCACUGAACUAGGAACGAGAAAAGUUUUACAAAUCUACCUAUUAUCAAUGGAGGAGAUUCAAAAAAUUAACCCCGCCCUUAUCAAACGAAUCUCUAUCCGACGCUGCGACCCCGGCCAAUUUAAAACCUUCGCGUGGGCCGGCUCAACUUGAGGAAGACAAAUUAGAGAAAUCCACAUCGACAUGGAUCCCCAAAUUUGGCCAGAAUUCGUUCAAAUCUUGAAGGCCGACAGACUCCCAAAUUUAGGAAAGUUAGCCAUAUCAAAAGUAUCUGAUACCUCGUCUUUUACCGAUUUUGGGUUAAUUUCCCUCAAAAACCUCAAAUUAUUGAAGAUCCAUCAGGGUGUCAUUAGUUUUGAGCAUGGAAAACAAAACUUGCAAACAAUUAUCGAUUCUGCGGCUGAGCUAAGGACAUUACGAAUCACUGGAUCCUUUUUCCCAGAUCUGGAAAAGUGUUCGAAAAAUCUAAAAACCUUUGAAUGGUUUGACUAUCCUGGAAAUGGCCGAAUCCAAAUUUGGGACCUAUUCUGUCCCCUCUUGAACCAAGUUUCGCCCACAUUGGAACACUUAACUUUCGGGAUUAUGUCCCCAACCCGUCAAGGAUACCAAACUCAAAAUCUCAUCACACAGUUCCCACCAUUCCCUAACCUCAAAUCCCUAAAGAAUUUGGCCACUGACGUUUUCCAAAUCGAUAAAUUCCUAAUUUUCAAAAACUUUCCUAAAUUGGUCAACAUUUCGCUGGAGCGGUUUGACGUGACGAGUGAACACCUUUGGCAGAAUGGUAUACAGGGGCCACCUGUCCAAUGUGGGGAACGACAUGAAGGCGUUUUAAAACUCCAAGUUGGAAACAUUUGCGAUCUCAUACUUACUUCCCAACCCAGAACAAAAUUUCCGAACGUGACCCAUCUAAUCUUCAGGAUAAUAGGGCCCUCUAGGUUCUGGCAUGAUAAAAAUUUGGGUGGGACUGCCUACCUUGUCAAGGUGAUUGAGGCUGCGGCGACAUGGAAAUAUUUAACCCACUUCGACAUCUUGAUUGGUGGCGCGAAAUUCAAUUUAAGGGAAAUAUUGGAAGCGCUGCAAUCUUUAGAUGUAAAUUCUGGCCUCUCAGAAUUGAAAAUUGGAGGCCUGCACCUGUCCAACGAACGGACCGUCUGUGACAAUUUGUCCUGUGAUGUUCAAAAAUUGACAGAUUUCAUCGCCAAGUGUGGGCCCCUUAAGCGAUUAACAUUUCAAGGCAUCUUGUGGCAGCCUGGAUCUGUCGGACGAGUGCUGGAAUUCCUAGCAGGGAGAAACACUUUGCAUCCGGUCGUAAUCUUGGAGUAAUAAAAGUCGUCUUGCCCAAAUUCAAACAAUUUCUAAACAAAUAUUCCUUUAUCUCAUCAAUGUGCUACGCAAAUCAAUAGACAGCGACAUAUUCACGAUAAAUCUUGUGUCAAGUAAAUAUUUUUACAAAUAAAUUAUUACAAUUUCUCAUCACGUUUAGUUUAAUACUUCACAAAUCCAAACAGAUAUUUUCAAUUAUUUAUGUAGUUGAGCAAAACCACCAUUUGUAAAUUAUUACCAAUUUAUUGAUCAGAGGAGAUUUUUCCUUAAUCAUUAUUUGAAGAUGGAAGUAAGACGAUCUAAUCAAGAUUGCAACUUGCCUCAUUUCACGUUUAGAAUAAAAUUAAU